UAUUUUGAUAUCAGCAGCAUUCUAAGGGUAACACUCAAAAAUUCGCGAAACUGCCACUUCUCACAAUUUGAUUGUGGAAACCACAAGUGACACUUUCAUAACACUUUUUAGUUUCGUAGAAUUGCAAAUUGCAUCCAGGAUCAUUGAAACCAGUCAUAAUAUAGAUAAUGUCUGAUCCAGAAUCAUUAGUCCAACAAGCUGAUAAGAAAGCUGCUUCUAAACAAAGUUUCUUAGGUGGUAUCUUUGGUAGCAGCAAAGCAUAUCAACUAGAAGAAGCAUCUGACUUAUAUGUCCAAGCUGCAAACAUAUAUCGUCUAAGAAAGCAAGGUCAGAAAGCUGGUGAAUGUUUUGAAAAAGCCGCUAAAGCUCAAUUACAAAAUGAUAGUAAAGAUGAAGCUGCAAACACAUUAGUUGAUGCUUUCAAGUCUUAUAAAUCCGAAGAUGCUGCAAGUGCUGCUAGAGUAUUAGAACAGGCUAUUGAGUUUUUCACAUUGAGAGGUCAAUUCCGUCGUGCCGCUAAUUUCAAGAAUGAUAUUGCACAAAUAUAUGAAGAAGAAUUGUUUGAUAUUCCAAAAGCUUUACAAAGUUAUCAAGAUGCAGGGGAUUGGUACGAAAGUGAUAAUGCACAAGCAUUAGCUAAUAAGGCUUUUUUGAAAUGUGCUGAUUUAAAUGCAUUGGAUGGCAAAUAUAUUGAAGCCAAUGAAAUUUACAAAAAAAUUGUAAAGAAUUCAUUGAAUAAUAAUUUAUCAAGAUGGAGUUUAAAAGAUUAUUUUGUGAAGGUUGUUUUAUGUUACUUAGCUGCUGAUGAUAAAGUUGCAGCCAACAAAUAUUUAGAAGAGACCUUAACUUUAGAUUCAAGUUUCCAAAGUACCAGAGAGUACAAAUUAUUGAGAGAUGUUGUUGAUGCAGUUGGUGAAGGUGAUGCUCAAAAACUUGCAAAUACAUUGUAUGAAUACGACCAAUUCAGUAAAUUAGAUAAAUGGAAAACCACCAUUCUUCUCAAGAUCAAAAACACAAUUAUUGAAGCUGAUGAUGAUUUAUUAUGA